AUGCCGUCGUUCAGCCUUGUCUCUGGCCCGGCGCAGCUCGUGGUGGCCGCCCUGCUUGUGGGGCGUGCCGCUGCUCAGCAGGCCACCAACUCGAACGCCUCCACCUCCACCGUCGUCUCGGCCAUCGUGCUCAACGCCGUCAUCUUUGCCAUCCUCUUCUCCGUCUUCCUCAUCGCGCGUCCCCGCUUCAAGCGCGUCUAUGCGCCUCGCACCUACCUCGUCGUCCCCGAGGAGCAGAUCGAGCCUCUGCCUCAGUCGCUCCUCGGAUGGCUCCCCGUCUGGCUCAAGACUCCCACCACGACCAUCCUCGAGAAGAACGGCCUCGACGCCUACAUGUUUGUGGAGUACCUCGAGAUGAUGCUCUGGGUCUUCAUUCCUACCUUUGUCCUCUCCUGGAUCGUCCUCAUGCCCACAUACGGUGCAAACACCACCGGUGAGGACACCGGAUUCAACCGCUUCAUCCUCAGCCGCGUCGGUACCUCCAGCCAGCAGCAGAAGCGUCUCGUCGCCCCGCUCCUCGUCCAGUACAUCUUCACCUUCUGGCUUCUCUGGAACAUCCGCUCGCGCAUGUCCAAAUUUAUCAAGCUGCGCCAGCAGUUCCUCGUCUCGCCCCAGCACGCCAACAGCGCCCAGGCCAGGACUGUGCUCAUCACCGGCAUCCCCAACGAGCUCCUCAGCGAGAAGAAGCUCCGCGCCAUCUACUCGCAGCUCCCCGGCGGCGUCGCCAAGAUCUGGCUCAACCGCAACCUCAAGGAGUUACCCGACCUCUUUGACGAGCGUGAGAAGUGGUGCAACAAGCUCGAGGGCGCAGAGACCAGCCUCAUCAAGACCGCCUACAAGCUCGUCAAGAAGGGCAAGGCCCAGGAUGCCAGCGGCUCGCUCCCCGAGACCGACGUCGAGAUCAACGCCGAGGUGGCUGACCAGUACGUGCCCAAGAAGAAGCGCCCCACCCACCGCCUCGGCAAGCUGCCGUGCAUGGGCGAGAAGGUCGACACCAUCCACUGGUGCCGCGAGGAGAUCGCCCGCCUCAACAAGGAGAUCGAGAAGAAGCGCUCCGAGGUUGCGGUCGACUACAAGAACUACCCUGCUCAGAGCAGCGCCUUCAUCCUUUUCAACACCCAGAUCGCCGCCCACAUGGCCGCCAAGUCGCAGGCGCACCACGAGCCUUACCGCAUGACCAACCGCUACGUCGAGGCUCACCCCGAUGACGUCGUCUGGGCCAACAUGAACAUGAACCCAUACGAGCGCAAGAUCCGCACCGCCAUUGGCUGGGCCAUCACCAUCGGCCUCAUCAUCUUCUGGGCCGUCCCCGUGGCCUUUGUCGGUAUCAUCUCCAACAUCAAGGGUCUCGCCAACGACGUGCCCUUCCUCGGCUGGCUCAACAGCAUCCCCAACGUUGUCGUCGGCAUCAUCCAGGGUAUCUUGCCCACCGUGCUGCUUGCCGUGCUCAACAUGCUGCUUCCCAUCUUCCUGCGUCUCCUCUCGCGCCUCAGCGGUGUCCCCACCCGCAGCGGCAUCGAGCUCGACCUCCAGGGACGAUUCGCCGCCUUCCAGAUCGUUCAGAACUUCCUCUUCCUUACCCUCAUCUCGAGUAACGCUGGUCAGAUCGCCAAGUACGUCGCUCAGGUCGCUUCGCAGCCCACCACCUUCCCUGGCCUGCUUGCCAACGCCAUUCCCAAGGGUUCGCUCUUCUUCCUCAGCUUCGUCGCCUUGCAGGGUCUUUCGGGUGGAGCUUCGCUUUUCGCCCAGCUGCCCGGCCUGGUGGUCUACUACGUCAAGAAGUUCCUGCUCGCCUCGACUCCUCGCAAGGUGUGGCACAUUGACCACGACACUAGCGGUGUCGCCUGGGGCACGCUCUUCCCGUCCAUGACACUCAUCACGGUCAUCGGCACCGGUUACGUGGUGAUUGCGCCCAUCAUCAACGGCUUUGUCGCAUUCACCUUCCUGCUGUUCUUCUUUGGUUACAAGUACCUCUUCCUCUACGUCUACGACACCAAGCCACCCAGCGAGACUUCGGGUCUCUUCUUUGGCAAGGCCAUCCGCCACAUCUUUGCCGGUCUGUACGUCGAGAUGGUCAUGCUCACCGCGAUCUUUUUCCUCGCGCAGUCGGGACCUGAAGGCAACAAGACGCAGUCGGCGAUCCCCGAAGGUGCCUUCAUGGUGGUCCUGAUCGUCAUUGUCGUCGGAUUCCACUACUUCCUCAACGACUCGUUCCGCGAGCUCGAGACCGCUCUGCCCCUCUCGCUGACCGUUGGCGAGUCGCAGGCGGCUGCCGGCAACAGCCGCACCUCGAACGAGACGGCGCUCAACGAGAAGAGGGCGCCCAACGGCCAGGGCAAGUUCAGCAUGGAGGCGACGCCCGCUUCGCAGGGAACUGGCUACGACAACGGCGUGCCCAACGGCGAGAAGAAGCAGGAGGCUCUUUCGGACGAGCACGACUCGGCCUUCUACCACCCAUCGCUCACGGGCGAGCAGAAGCCCAUCUGGCUGCCGAACGACAAGUUUGGCAUUGGUCGCGCUGGAGUCGCCUCGGCUCGCAAGGCCGGUCUCGACGCUACCUACGAGCACACCUCGGUCACCGAGAAGGGCCAGGUGGAGACCGACGCUUACGAGCCCCCUGGUGAGCCCCUCGUCUGA